UAAGUGCUCAAUAUAAAGAGCAUCAAAUUCUGCGUCAAUUGAUGGCAUGAACACGACGCAUGGAUUGCUAUUCACACUUCCCGAAGCAAAAAACUGUUGUAAAGUCUGACCAUCAAUUGCUGUGUAUGUGUUAUUGUCAUCAAACCGUGCAGAAAAUUUCCUCUUCACAUUAUACAGACACUUAAUUAAUAUAGUCACAACUUUCCUAUUUAGUUUAACGGGUUUUAUUGACAGAAGAGAAGUAUGAUUUUGUUUGACAUAAACGUCAAACGUACUGUCAAAAUACGAGUGAUUGUUUCCCUUGAGUUUUUUUGUUGUUUUGUUUGCAAACAUACGUUUUCAUGCUAUUUUUGAUGGAUUCGCCUUAAUAUUCAGUAGAACAAUUGUUACAAAACAAUAUUUAAAGGAUCGUUUAGACAAGACAAAAGUGACGAAUAGCUAGAGACAGAAAACAAAAUGGGAAGGAGAUAUUGUGGUGUACAAUCUUGUCAGAAUUUUUUUGGGACAUCAGAUCGAAAUGUCGGAUUUUUCAGAUUGCCAGUUUACGAACCAGAAAUUCUGGCUAAAUGGAAGCAAGCUGUUAAUCGAGAAACCCCAGGGAAUUUUUUAUUAUGUAGCUUACACUUCAGACAAGAGGAUGUUCUAUGGAAUAAGACGUAUGUAAGAUUGAGACCAGGCGCCUUUCCAAUACCCGUUCCAAAGACUGUCAAGACAGAAAUAUCAGAUGAACUUCCCAAAAAUGAGCCUAUCACAGAUGAAGCUAUUACAGAGUACUUUUCGACAGAUGAACUUCCAACAGAGGAACCACACACAGAGCAUGUGGAAAUAAUGGAUAUUGAAGCAAAUGAAAGCCGUUUCAGUGCUUCAGAUGAGCAAGAAUUGUGUCAGUCGUGCAUCAACUAUGAAGUUCAAUUACAAGCGGCUCAUACGGAGAUAGCGGUAUUAAAGGAGAAAUUGAACGAAUUGACCGUAGAAAAUAAUAUGAUGAAGAGUCAAAUUCGAUCAAUAUCAACCAAAUAUUCAACGUGUCACAUAAUAUCUACCAUCCAAGAGCCAGAAAGUGUGACUCUUACGAUUGAACCUGAUCAACCGAUUUCAAUCGAUGAAAAAAUAUUAAACGAUUGUUCCGUGUUACCCAAUUCUCUAUUCAACGAUGAGAUGGAUGGAUCGUCCGUGAGUGAACCAUCUGAAGAGAUUAAACGAUAUAACAAAUCAGUUGAAACAGUAACAGACGUAUCUCUCGAACCAAGGCAGCCAACUUUUAAAAUGUUUCAAUGCGGAAGAUGUGACAUCGCAUUCGAAUUAGCAGCAGAACUGGCUCGUCAUAUGACGGCAUGUCAUGAUACAAAAACCAUAAUUGUCCCGCGCUUGCCAAAAGAAAAGACACGUGCUGUGAGAAAGAAAAAAGAAGGGAAGAGCUACCAGUGUCAUUUGUGCAGAACGAGUUUCAGUACUUUCAACGGAGUUCGAGUACAUAUGAAACGCCAUGAAAGAGACCAGAAAUGCGAGAUCUGCAAAAUGGAAUUAACUGCCAACGAGCUGAGUUCACAUUUGUGUGGCGAUGUGAAAAGCAUUCUUUGUGAUUACUGUCCGAUCAAAUUUACGGUUACAUCGGAACUGGUAGAGCAUUUGAAAAAGUCACAUGAAAAGAGGAAACAAUUUUAUCGAUGUGAAAAAUGUUCGAGAUACCUUCCCAUGUUCGUUCUGAAAGAAUUUCAUAUGAAAUCACAUGCUAGAGAACUCAAACCAUUUGUAUGCAAAGUCUGUCACAAGGAUUUUGCUUCCAAAUUACUUCUUAAGCUCCACGCCAAGAGACACGAUGAGACAAAAUCUCAUCUCUGCGAAGAAUGUGGCACAAGUUAUGCAUCAUCACGGAAUUUACUGCUUCAUAAGAAUUCGUAUAUCCAUACGAAAGAGACACCCUUUCAUUGUCCUCAUUGUCCUAAGAAAUUUUCUCAACGUAGCAAUUUCAAAAGUCAUAUGGAAAAACAUCAAGAGGAUAAAUACCCGUGCGAAAUCUGCCAAACUGAACUUCUAUCAAAGCGAUCAUUUGACAAGCAUAUGAAGAGGCACCGACGAACAGAGGCCGACCGAAAGUUUGACUGCAAAUUAUGUCCUCGGAAGUUUUUUUCAUCGCAAGCUGUGAGAAAACACCAGCAAGUACACAUUGGCGUGAGAUCGUUCAGUUGUAAGUUCUGUGAUGCAAAAUAUAAGUAUAAAGGGGAUUUGAACAAACAUCUGAAGACACACAUGGGAAACAAAAUUCACGAAUGUAAAAAGUGCUUCGAGCUAUUCGAAUAUAAAGAUCUCCUAAAACACGAAGACGAACAUUACAAACAAGAAAAAGAAGCAAGCGAAAUGAACGAGUGAAAGCGACAUUUAUACUGAAGUUAACAGGUGUUGAUAAAACCAAUGAAUAUGUAUGAAAUUAAUAAAAAACGGGGACAAAUGAAAUAAA